AAGCGACUGUACCUCUGUUUCAUCUCUCUCUCUCUCUUGAAUUUUACAAUGAAAGCAUAUCAAGGCUCGAGCCUUAUCACCUGUUCUUUCUUGUCCAAAACCUCCUUUUAAAAAUUUCAUCUUUUUAAUCUCAUUUCCCCUUAAACCUCAUUUGUCUCUUGUCAAAAUCCCAAUUUUUUAAAUUUUUUUCUAAAACUUCUGUGAGAUACCACCCUAUGUUGAAAAAAUAAAAAAUUAAAAAACUACUCUCUUCUUCAACCGUUGCUACAGACCGAGAUAUUGGUAUUCAUUAGGUUCUUUAUGUAUUGCUUGUGUUUUGGCGAGAGCAGAGGAGAAAAUGUCAGUUUUGCCUACAAGCGAAUCAAUUCACAUUCGUGAUGUAUGGAACGAUAAUCUUGAGCAUGAGUUUACUUUAAUCCGGGAUAUCAUUGAUGAUUUUCCUUACAUUGCAAUGGAUACAGAGUUUCCGGGAAUCGUUCUACGUGUAAUAGGGAAUUUCAAGAACAGUUCUGAUUAUAAUUACCAAAACUUGAAAGCUAAUGUUGAUCUCUUGAAGUUAAUCCAAUUAGGUCUCACGUUUGCUGAUGAGAAAGGGAAUUUACCAAAGUGUGGGACUGAUAAGUACUGUGUGUGGCAAUUCAAUUUUCGUGAGUUCAACCCUGAUGAAGAUGUGUAUGCUUAUGAUUCUAUUCAAUUGUUGUGCCAAAGUGGCAUUGAUCUGAAGAUGAACUGUGAAAAGGGUGUUGAUGCAUAUAGAUUUAGUGAACUCUUGAUGUCGUCUGGGAUUGUUUUGAACGAUUGUGUGCAUUGGGUUACAUUUCAUAGUGGAUAUGAUUUUGGGUACUUGCUUAAGCUAUUGACUCGCAAGGAUUUGCCGGACACACAGGCAGGGUUUUUUGAGUUGAUCAAGAUGUAUUUCCCUAUUCUUUAUGAUAUCAAGCAUCUGAUGAAGUUUUGCAAUAGCCUUUACGGUGGGUUGAACAAGCUUGCGGAGCUGUUGGAAGUGGAGAGAAUUGGGAUUUGUCACCAAGCCGGUUCAGAUAGUUUGCUUACUUGUUGUACAUUUAUGAAACUGAAAGACAAUUUCUUUAAAGGUUCACCUGAGAAAUAUGCUGGUGUUUUGUAUGGUCUUGGAGUUGAGAAUGCACAGAUUACUCAUUGAAAGAAAGGAAAAGAAAUAAAAUGAAAAUUAUAGAAGCAUUUGUAGACUA